AAAAGAUGGAAGUUUAGAUUGGUUCGGAUGGCUUGGUAUGCGCAAGAUGCAUACCAUUCAAAACUCUUAAGAUUAUUGUUCUUAGUGGGGCAGGUUUGAUCCUUGCGAUGUGUCUUACAAUUGAAAUUCUAGCCUACGUUAGCAAAAAUAAAAUAGAUGAUAGUGAUAAAGGAGAGUAUUCUUCGAGUGUAUGAAUCAUUUUAAACUAUAUUUAGGCCGCAUCCUCCACAAUUUUCUUUUUUAAUGCCCAUAUGGUAAUGGGCAUCAUUGGGGGUGUUUCCACACUUCUUGGAAUAGGUGGAAUUCUAAACAGCAACAAGUGUCUAUUGACUUGUUUUAAUACAUUUAAUUGUUGCUUAUUUUGGGCAUUUGCCUUGACUUACGCGGUAGUUUCUUUUUUUUCAAAAGUUUCUGAUUUCAUUAAACUUUCAGGUUGUUCACUUACCUAUGACUUGGAAAGAGAGGCUUUAUAUAAAGUUGCAAGUCAAAGUCUUUGUAAUGAUGAUUGUGAAUGCUAUUUUUCAGGUACAGUUUCUAGAGAUUAAUCAAAGUAUGUUAUAAAUUAUUCACCAACAGAUACUACAAUGGUAAAUUUAAACCUUUACAACUUAGGCAAUAAAUUUUUAAUAAUGCCCUUCAUCUUUUAGCUCUAACUCUACAAUUAUGGCCUAAUUGAAAUCAAGUGAAAAUGCUUAUGAGUGUUCUGGUUGGUGUACAAAAUAUCCUAUUCAAUUUUUUAACGAUGUGAAUUCGAAGACAACUUCAUCGUAAACAAUAAACAUUAUAUUAAUUAGUUAUGCAUGCAAAUAAACCAUCGAGAAUUAUUGGAAUUCAUUUAGAUAGAUUCUUUAAUACACAUCUUUCGUGCUAGCAUUUCUCUUUGUUUUAACGUUUGGUUUCACAUGCAUUUAUUGCUUUUACCCUAAAGGUGAUCCUCAAAAGGAGGAACAGACAAAGAUCAGAUUAAUAAAUUCAUGAAAAUUAUUUAUAAUGACAUCGCAGUUAUAGUAAUUGUUUAG